AUGGAUGAAGUGGAUCAGAACACCGGCGGUGAGCCUGAGGCGGAGGAAACAGUUGAGGCGGAAGUGCACGGUGGCGACGAGGCGGUUGUUGCUGAGAAGAAGUGGCCGGGUUGGCCUGGGGAGAGUGUGUUUCGGAUGUUAGUUCCUGCGCAGAAGGUUGGGGGCAUAAUUGGACGUAAAGGAGAGUUCAUUAAGAAAAUUGUGGAGGAGACACGAGCUCGCGUUAAAAUUCUUGAUGGUCCUCCUGGAACUGCGCAAAGGGCUAUGCUCAUUAAGGUCUCAUCUGAAUCAUGUUCCAUUUAUUCAUCCCAGUUGGCUCUAAUGAACAAUGUAAUGAUAUCAGGUAAAGAUGAACCUGAUUCCUCUCUUCCUCCUGCUGUGGAUGGCUUAUUGAGGGUUCAUAAGAGGAUUAUUGAUGGUUUGGAGAGUGAUUUUAACCAAGCUCCUUCAGGUGUGGCGGGCAAGGUUUCUACUAAACUUUUAGUGGCAGCCUCACAAGCAGGAAGUUUAAUCGGAAAGCAAGGAGGAACUGUAAAAUCUAUCCAAGAAGCAUCCAAUUGUAUUGUUAGAGUUCUAGGAGCAGAAGACCUCCCAAUUUUUGCUCUUCAAGAUGAUAGGGUGGUUGAAGUAGUAGGAGAUCCUGCUGGAGUGCAUAAGGCAUUAGAGUUAAUUGCGACCCACCUAAGGAAGUUUUUAGUUGAUCGUAGUGUAAUUCCAAUUUUCGAAAUGAAUAUGCAAAUAGCCAAUACCCAUCACACUGAGCACAUGCCACACCACCAAUCUUGGGGUCCACCCCAGGGUCUUCCUCCAAAUGCUGGUGGAGGUCCUGGUUUUGGACCUGCUUCUCAAUACAUCCCACCUCCACGACAACUCGAAAGUUAUUAUCCACCGGCUGAGAUCCCUCCUUCAGUCGAAAGACAACCCCAUCAAGGUAUAUCUGCCUAUGGAAGAGAUGCUUCGAUAGGCGUUCAUGCAUCUUCAAAUACUCAAUCUGUACCUUCCAUAGUCACACAGAUCACGCAGCAAAUGCAAAUUCCUCUAUCGUAUGCUGAUGCUGUCAUUGGAACGGCAGGAGCGAGUAUAAGCUACAUCAGAAGGGCUAGUGGAGCUACUGUUACCAUACAGGAAACAAGAGGUGUUCCUGGAGAGAUGACAGUUGAAAUCAGUGGAACUGCUUCUCAAGUCCAAACGGCUCAGCAACUGAUACAGAAUUUUAUGGCUGAAGCUGCAGCUGGUGGAGCACCAGCACAGCAGCAAACAGGUGGGCCUGCUGCAGACCAAGGAUACAAUUCUUAUCCUGCCCAUGGUUCUGUCUAUGCGUCUCCUCCUUCCAAUCCAGGACAUGCUGGAGGCUAUAGCUCCGUUUAUGGUGCAAACUAUGGCUACUAA